AUGGAGUUCACAACACUCUGCAUUAUUGUCGCCUCUCUUAGACUCGUUCCCAACAGAUCCCAGUUCUUUCAGUACGAGUCUGUAGCACUGAGCUGUGUGGACUCAGGACACUUCUCUGAGUGGAGAGUUAAGAGAAACACAUCCAUGCACAAAAAUGAAGAGUGCAUGAAUUGGGGUAAAAGAAAUGAGUUCCAGAGUUUUAUCGAUGACCUUCACACAUUAGACACUGGAGUGUACUGGUGUGAGUUUGGAGCUGGAGAGUGCAGCGAUGCCGUCAACAUCACUGUGACCGCAGGCUUUGUGAUCCUGAAGAGUCCUGUCCAUCCUGUGCAGGAGGGAGAAUCUGUGACUCUUCACUGCAUAACGAAGACGACGUCCUCCUCCAAUCUCACAGCUGAAUUUUAUAAAGAUGACGUCCUCGUCGGCAGCAGCUCGACAGGAAACGUGACCAUCCACAGUGUUUUAAAGUCUGAUGAAGGUCUCUACAAGUGUCACAUCUUUGGAGCUGGAGAAUCAGGAGACAGCUGGCUGGCUGUCAGAGAAGCUGGGCGUCCUGAAUCUUCUCAUCUCCCUCUUGCACCGAUUCUACUUUCUGUGAUGGCCGUCUGCAUCCUGUUGGCCUCUGUGAUGCUGCUGUGCCUCUGGAGGAACCAGAAAGGUCAGCCUUGUUGUGCUGCAGGUAAAGACGACUCUGAAGUGUCGUACACGGAUGUCAACAUCACAAAGGAAGUGCAACCACAGGAGGACAUAGAAAUGGAUCUUUCAUCAACCUUCUACUCAACAAUCAAACCAGGAGCCAGCUGAAGAGAAACAACA